AUGAGCGCUGUGCAGAAGAGGUCCAGGGAGUUAGUGUGAAAAAUGGGAACGCUAUCCCAACCUGGAAGCCAGCCUGAAAAAUGAAGAUUUGAGCUGAGAUCUCAAGAACCAGUAGAUAUCAACUAGGCAAAGUCGAGAGGGAAGAGAGGUCCAGAAAGAGGAGGUCGUGUGCAGAGGCCCUGUGGACAGAAGUAGGACACGGAGGCCUACUGCGCGUACACCAUCAUCCUCAUGGCGCUCUUCUGGUGCACUGAGGCCCUGCCCCUGGCUGUCACCGCCCUCUUCCCCCUUGUCCUGUUCCCUAUGAUGGGCAUUGUGGAUGCCUCUGAGGUCUCCAUCGAGUACCUGAAGGACUCCAACAUCCUGUUCCUCGGGGGGCUGCUGGUGGCCAUCGCGGUGGAACACUGGAACCUGCACAAGCGUAUCGCCCUCCGUGUGCUCCUCAUCGUUGGGGUGCGGCCAGCCCUGCUAAUCCUGGGCUUCAUGCUGGUCACGGCAUUCCUGUCCAUGUGGAUCAGCAACACGGCCACCUCGGCCAUGAUGGUGCCCAUUGCACACGCCGUUCUGGACCAGCUUCACAGCAUGCAAGCCAGCGGGGAUGUCGACGAGGGCAGCAACAACCCCACCUUUGAGCUCCAGGAGCCAAGUCCCCAGAAGGAGGUGACCAAGCUUGAUAAUGGGCAGGCCCUCCCUGUCGCGUCUGCUCCUCCAAAGGGAAGGACACAUCACAGCCAGGAGCAUCUCCGCAUCAGCCAGUGCAUGAGCCUGUGCGUGUGCUACUCUGCCAGCAUCGGGGGCAUCGCCACGCUGACCGGCACCACGCCCAACCUGGUGCUGCAAGGCCAGGUCAACUCGCUCUUCCCCGAAAACGGCAACGUGGUGAACUUCGCCUCCUGGUUCAGCUUCGCCUUCCCCACCAUGAUCAUCUUGCUGCUGCUGGCCUGGCUGUGGCUGCAGAUUCUCUUUCUGGGAUUCAACUUCCGGAAGAACUUUGGCUUUGGGGAAAACAUGCAGGAACGACAGCAGGCAGCCUACGGCGUCAUCCAGAUGGAGCACAGGCUGCUGGGCCCCAUGACCUUCGCAGAAAAGGCGGUCAGCAUCCUGUUUGUCAUCCUGGUGCUGCUCUGGUUCACCCGGGAGCCGGGCUUUUUUCUUGGCUGGGGCAACGUGGCUUUUCCCAAUGCCAAAGGGGAGAGCAUGUUGUCCGAUGGGACAGUGGCCAUCUUCAUCGGCAUAAUUAUGUUCAUCAUACCUUCCAAGUUCCCAGGGCUGACCCAGGACCCAGAAAACCCAGGAAAGCUGAAGGCCCCUCCUGCCCUCCUCAAUUGGAAGACAGUGAACCAGAAGAUGCCCUGGAAUAUCGUGCUCUUGCUGGGUGGUGGCUAUGCCCUGGCCAAGGGCAGUGAGCGAUCGGGCCUGUCAGACUGGCUGGGAAACAAGCUGACCCCACUGAAGAGUGUGCCAUCUCCAGCCAUCGCCUUCAUCCUCUGCCUCAUCGUGGCCACCUUCACUGAGUGCACUAGCAACGUGGCCACCACUACGAUCUUCCUGCCCAUCUUAGCCUCCAUGGCUCAAGCCAUCUGCCUCCAUCCUCUCUACGUCAUGCUCCCCUGCACUCUGGCCGCCUCCCUGGCCUUCAUGCUGCCUGUGGCCACCCCACCCAAUGCCAUCGUCUUCUCUUUUGGGGGCCUCAGAGUGUUGGAUAUGGCCCAGGCAGGAUUCCUGCUCAACAUCAUUGGGGUCCUGGUCAUCACACUGGCCAUCAACAGCUGGAGCAUGCCUAUCUUCGACCUGCACUCCUUCCCCUCCUGGGCACAGUUAACCAACACCACAGCCCGCUGCCUGCCCAGCCUGACCAACACCACCAUGCCAAGCCCCUAGACUGGGGCUCACCCUGGCCAUGCCCAGGAAGAACCACCCUGUUCCCACUCCUCUGAGCCAAGAGGGGACACCCCAAGUUCCAAGCUCCUAGCCAAAGGCUGAGAGAAAGGCGCGCGUGUACAUAAUCUCUUGUGUGUCUGUAAGGAAGGUUUAUAUGUUCAAUUUCCUAUGUGCUGGAAGAAAAGGUGUGUGUGUGUGUGUGUGUGUGUGUGCACCCGCGUGGACGUGAGGGGUGUGUGAUGUGAGGCCAUCUGAGGGUGCUGUGUGCAUGCACAUGAUCCUAGGUGCAUAUGCUGGACAGUGCACGUGUGUGUUCACAGACAACACAACACACCCUCUCUGGCACCUCACACCUUGGUCUCCUCAGCUUAGAGACCAGACUUCUUUGCACUGUAUUUAUUGAAACUCAGGCUUGGAGUGCCCUGGGAGGAGGGCCUGCCAGCGGUUGCCAUGGGAACAGCCUCUGGGACUGGCCCAGCACACUGAGGGCUCCCCAGCCCUUCCACUUUGGUGGAAGUUCAAAUAUUAACCACAUUAAAGUCUUUUUCAGUAAA